AAGGAUCCUAAGUCAAACUAAAUGCAGAGAGAGAGAGAGAGAGAGAGAUGGCAAAAUUGUUCUUGAACCAAGCGAAGAAUUACGCCGCCGGCCGGCCAGGUUACCCGGAAGAGCUUUUCCGAUUCAUCGCGUCCAAAACCUCCUGUCAUGACCUUGCAUGGGAUGUCGGCACCGGCAGCGGCCAAGCCGCAGCAUCCUUGGGUGGGAUCUACAAGAAUGUGAUAGCCACAGACACCAGCCAGAAGCAGCUUGAUUUUGCACCAAAGCUCCCCAACGUGCGCUACCACUGCACCCCUCCCACCAUUUCCAUGGCCGAUCUCACAGCCAACAUUGCAGCCCCGGCAAGCCUUGAUCUUGUCACCAUAGCCCAAGCUCUGCACUGGUUCGACCUCCCCACCUUCUACCAACAAGUCAAAUGCGUGCUCAAGCGACCUGAAGGAGUCAUCGCGGCAUGGUGUUACACCAUCCCUCGAGUCAAUGACAGGGUCGACUCCAUCUUCCAGCCAUUUUACUCGGACUCCUAUCCCUUCUGGGAACGUGCACGCAAGCUUGUGGAUGACAAGUACACGGGGAUCGACUUCCCAUUUGAGCCCGUGGAUGGAGAGGAUCACACUGGACCGUUUGAGUUUACUUCUAAGAGGGCAAUGGGAUUGGAUGACUUCUUGACAUACAUAAGGUCAUGGUCAGCUUAUCAGACUGCAAAAGAGAAAGGGGUCGAGCUACUGACAGAUGAUGUGAUAAACAAUUUCAAGCGAGCUUGGAGUGAAGAUGGUCAUGAUCAGAAGGUGGUCAAGUUCCCAGUUCACUUGAGGAUUGGAAGACUCGGAAAUUAAUUUGAACUAGAAUGCUAUCUGGAAUUAAGUCAGUCACAUUGACAACGGAUAGACCACUGUGCUGUGCCCUAUCCCAAUUGAUGAAUAAAGCACAUAUUUUAUGUCAA